AUGAGAUUGUCACAGAGAACCAGUCGGCUUUUGUCCUCAGAGAGCCAUUCCGACAACGUACUCAUCACCCACGAGACGCUCCACUACCUUAAAAACAUCAAAGGCACAAGUCAGAUGCUACAUGGCAGUGAAAACGGACAUGACACAGUCACUUAUUCUUACCUGAUAAAUGGAGCUGCCCAAGGUCACGUAACUCCGAGCAGAGGCUUGCGGCAAGGAGACCCGCUCUCACCGUACAUCUUCAUCCUAUGUAGCGAGGUGCUCUCGGGCUUAUGUAUCCGUGCCGAGAAGGAAGGGAAGCUAUCAGGGAUAAAGUUGCAAAACGUAGCCCGCGAGUCAAUCAUCUCCUUUUGCGGAUGA